GCCACCCUGAUUUGAUUCAUUCGAAAUUCAACACUCCAAAAAUGCUGUUAAAUUUGAAAACCCGGCUGGAACUUCGAUAUUUGGGUCUCUGUACGCACCUAGCAAUCAGUCGCUAUGCCAGCAAAGGUGGCGGUAAGAUCGACAAGGAGAUCCUGGAUCAAUUGGAAGAGGGCUACAAGAAACUGACCGAGUCCAAAUCCAAAUCGCUGCUGAAGAAGCACCUGACCAAGGAGAUCUUCGAUAAGUUGAAGACGCAGACAACUCCCUCCUUCAACUCCACCCUGCUGCACUGCAUCAGCUCGGGACUGUGUAAUCAUGACUCCGGCAUGGGUGUUUAUGCCCCCGAUCCGGAGGCAUAUAAAGUAUUCGCUGAUCUUUUUGAUCCCCUAAUCGAGGACUACCAUAAGUGCUUCAAGAAGACGGACAAGCAGCCGGCCACUAAGUUUGGUAAGGGCAAGGACUUUGAGAACCUGGAUCCCGAUAGCAACUUCAUCGUUUCCACUCGUGUCCGCUGCGGAAGAGCCAUCAAGGGAUUCCCCUUCAAUCCCUGCCUCACGGAGCAGGAUUACGGGGAGCUGGAGAGCAAGAUCUGUGGAGCGGUGAUGACCCUUAGCGGGGAAUACAAAGGCAAAUACAUGCCACUGACUGGAAUGGACAAGUGUCUCCAGGAACAGCUUAUCGCGGACCACUUUCUGUUCAAGGAGGGCGAUCGGUUCUUGGCAGCCGCUGGAGCCUCUCGUUAUUGGCCCAUCGGACGUGGCAUCUUCCUAAACGAGGCCAAGAACUUCCUGGUCUGGUGCAACGAGGAAGACCACAUACGCAUCAUCUCUAUGGAGAAGGGUGGCGAUCUGGGCAAGGUCUACGAUCGCAUGGUGGGCGGCGUGGAGGCCCUCGGUAAGCAGCUCGAGUUCAACAGGGAUGAACGCCUGGGCUUCCUGACAUUCUGUCCCACCAACCUGGGCACUUCCAUUCGCGCCUCGGUCCACAUAAGGCUGCCCAGUUUAAUGUGCCAACCGGAUGAGAUGAAAAAGCUGGCCGAGAAGUACCGCCUCCAAAUCCGCGGCACGUCGGGGGAGCAUUCGGAGGCCAAGGAUGGGGUGCACGAUAUAUCCAACCAGCGGCGAAUGGGACUCACCGAAUACGAGAUUAUCAAGGAAAUGCACGACGGGAUUAAGGGCCUCAUAGAAGCCGAAUGUAAGGCAAGGAAUUCCUAGUCUGGAAUCCAGGUUGACUUUUAGGCUGUCUUUUUUGGAUGUUAAACAUUGAAAUGUAUUUUAAAAAUUUAAGUAAUUAUUUUCUGA